AUGCUGGCUCUCCAAAACCGACAUCGGAAGCCGUCGUCAAGGUUGCUCCCACUGUUCUUCGUACUGGCUCUGAGCCGGUACGCAAUUUGUACCAAGGCCCUUGAAGACUUGCAGGCCGAAUUCCCAGAAUGCUCUGUUGUAUCUACAGACCCCAGUGAACUGUAUGCAUAUGCACAGUCGGCGUACUCUCACUUUGUUGAUCUCAUAGGAUCACCCCACACCAUUGUUGUACACGUUCGAAGCACCGAAGAUGUUGUAAAGGUAGUAAAAAUAUCCAAUAAGUAUCUAGUUCCAAUCGUACCAUACUCAGGAGGGACUAGCUUGGAAGGGAACUUGUCUGCUCCAUCCUCUGGAUCAAUCUGCGUAGAUCUGUCUGGUCUCGACAAGAUCAUAGCGAUUAAUGAGUCGGAUGCAGAUGUGGUUUGCCAAGCUGGGGUCACUUGGAAUCAUCUGAAUGAAACCCUGGCGGAAAAGGGCAUUCCGUUAUUUUUUCCGCUUGAUCCUGGUCGCGGUGCCACGAUAGGCGGCAUGAUCUCGACCGGGUGCUCUGGAACCAAUGCGGUCAGAUAUGGAACAGCAAAAGGCGAAUGGAUUCUUAAUAUCACGGUGGUACUUCCGUCGGGCGAAGUGAUUAAGACGCGACAGCGCGCCCGCAAGUCAUCAGCGGGUUUUGAUGUCACCAAAUUGUUCAUAGGUGCAGAAGGCACCCUUGGAAUUAUCACAGAAGCUACAUUGCGUCUAGCCCCCGUUCUGCCAAGCACUGUUGCGGUCGCGCAAUUCUCUGAUAUUCGGAGUGCAACCAAUGCAGUAUGUGACAUCUUGAACCAUGGCGCAACACUGCAAUGUGUCGAGAUCAUCGAUGAACUUACGAUCAAGGCGCUAAACCAAUUUGGGACGUCUGCGAGAAAGUGGCCAGAGAAAGUUACCCUUUACUUCAAGUUUCAAGGCUCGGACAAUGUCAUCCAGGAAACAUCACGCUAUGUGGAAGGCGUGAUUGCGAAGCAUGGUGCGACCGACUACCAACUUGCUUCAAACGAGCAGGAAAGCGAGGGUAUUUGGCAGGACCGGAGAAACGCGCUUUUCGCGUGCCUUGCAUGCCGUCCGGGAUGUAAAGGAUGGGUGACUGACGUAUGCGUCCCAGUGUCACGCUUACCCGAUCUUAUCUCUGCUGCCAAGAAAGACUUUGAAGAACUCGGUCUAGUUGCACCGAUCGCUGGUCAUGUUGGUGAUGGUAACUUUCAUGCCCUCGUUCUUUAUGCGGACGACGCGGAACUUGCCCUUGUACGAGAAGCAGUUAGCAGGAUCAAUCGCAAGGCCAUCGAACUCGAAGGAACAUGCACUGGGGAACACGGCGUUGGUACGGGUAAACGCAACUACCUCUUGACUGAACUUGGGGAAGGCACGGUAGCCCUCAUGAGAACGAUCAAACAGACGCUUGAUCCCCAUAAUUUGUUCAAUCCAGGAAAGGUAAGCGGUUUCUUGCGAACUAGAUGUUUGAUACGAUUGUAUCUUACAGCUGUACCCUGA